CUUUACCCUACUUGGCAAAACGCUUCUCACUUUCCAAAAAAGAUAAGAACACACCCACAUUCCCGAAAGAGUUAAAAAAAUCUGAGGUGUUCAACAGAAGCGCAGAAGAGACACUCUCAUUACUCAAGGUUAAGGCAUGAUGAAAAACAUUAUCCCCAGAAGCAAAACUAAAGGUGUUGACAUCUGUGCAGGGAAAAAGUACACGUAUAUAAUUCGCUCUGAUCUUGGCUGUUAUAUGCAAACAAGUGAUUUAAACAAAUGUUCAGACCUCACUAUUUUCGGUCUGCACCCCUCCUGCCAAAAUGGAGACCAUUAUCUUGCUGAUAUGGAUGGCUACUUUUACAUUAUUAAGGAUAAAUCAUACCGCAAAGUCACUGAUCUGUCAACAGAUGCUAACGCUGUUGUUGAAGACCUUCAUCCCGACUUCCAACGUGGAGAUCACUACUUAGGCAUCAAUCAGUUCUUUGUUAUCCUGUUUAAAAGCAGGGGAAUUUGUAAGAUAACAUCUGGCCUGGGUAACAUCUCCACUGAUAUACAACAUAAUUUGAACCCUAAAUCCAGCAACGGUCUCUAUUACUGGGGUCUGUCAGAAUGCUGCUGCUUCCUGAAGCCAUCCUUAGAGUGGGGAGUCGAAUACUGCAAAGGCGCUGACCUUGCCAAAGAUGAUGAUCUUGUGGGCUAUUCUGUUGACCCUGAUGUUGUAAACUUCCUGCCUGGCGGUCUGUCGAUAACUAGAGGUCCAGCCUUUGGCAGGUGGGAGAAUAUUAAAACUAUAACUAACAACAGUGACACACCACUGACAUGGAAGAAAAAAAUCAUUAAGAAGGUCGGUUACAACAAGGAGAAGAUGGCACAGAUGACACACAACUGGAAGAUAGCUGCGUCAGUCUCAGGAGAUAUCACAGUGUUAAUUGCGAAAUGUCAGUUCUCCUUUUCUGCAGAAUAUGGAGGUGCACAUGUGCACACUGAGAAGGAAACCUGGAAUGACGCGACCGAUAUAGAAGAAGAGCUAUCAUUUGAGCUGAAGCCAAACAAGAGUUUAUAUCUGUGGCAGUACAGACUGGGUCUUGGUGAUAAACCAGUGUUGUUCUGCCGUGAUUUAAUAAUUAGCAAAGAGCCGAACCCUCCAACUAAAGUCCCACUGCCAUUUGCAAAACCAUGAGAAAACGUCAUCAUCUCUGAAGAUAAUUGCAUGCUUUAGUUAAAGUGAAUCUUUACAUAUCUGUAAGCUUUACUUAAAAAUAAGAGAAGGCAGGAUGAUACUGUAUUGUCAGCAGAGUGUUUUUGAUUACAGUACAUACUAUAAAAUACUACACUGUUCAUUGUAGACACUUAUAAAACAUUGUCUUUAUGAUGAAAAGUAUGAAAAAAAGCUCCUUUCCUUCA